AUGACAUUCGAUGUUGGAGUAUCCCUCAAGGAGCGGCUAUGCCUGAUCACAUGGAGCUGGUACUCCAUAUGUGUGGCCACCGGUGGUAUCGCGGUGCUUCUUUCUAGAACGCCUCACCAAUUCGAGGGUCUCCCCGUCAUCGGGAAGAUUGUCUACAUCCUCAAUUUGGUGCUCUUCUGUGGCAUUUCCUGCUGUAUGGCCCUUCGUUUCUACACCAGGCCAUCAGCAUUGAAGGAAUCCUUCAAGCAGCCCAAUGAAACCUACUUCUUCCCUACCUUCCUGCUGGCUAUCGCGACCAUCAUCCUCGGCGCCGAAGCCUAUGGAACAGACGUCUGCGGUCCCUGGCUGCAAGUAGCCCUCCGGAUCGUCUUCUGGAUCUACGCUGCCUGCUCUGUCUCCGUGGGUAUCUUCCACAAUUGGUUCCUGUACAGCACCGUCAUGGGCAAACAGCAGCACUUCCCACUCCCAAGAGUCCUGCCCUCAUUCCCUACCAUGCUGUGCGGCACAGUCGCAUCCAGCAUCGCAGGCAACCAACCGCGUGACCAGGCCUUGCCAAUCAUCAUCGGCGGCCUCACGCUACAAGGAUUCGGAAUCAUGAUGUCCAUCCUCACCUACGCUGAAUACCACUACUAUCUCAACAAACACGGUCUCCCAGAGCCAACCCAGCGACCUAAGAUGUUCAUCGCCGCCGGACCCUGGAGUUUCACAGCCCUUGCCUUCAUUGGAAUGGCGAAGCACGCAAUUGAGAAAUUCCCCCCACGCUAUAUCAUCUCAGACGCCGUACCCGGUACCACUGGAGCGGUCGCCCUGAGCACUGGUGAGAUCUCACUGAUCAUUGCCUCGCUUACCGCCAUCUUCAUGUGGUGCAUGGCCUUCUUCCAUCUCUCAAUUGCGAUUCUCAGCAUGUUCUCUAUGUGUCGGUUCUUCGGGGGGCCUGGUGCUGCACCCAUGGGAAUGCCGUAUUGGAGUAUGGUUUUCCCCAACACCGGUUUCGUGAUUGCCACUAUCAGUAUUGGAGAGGUGCUGGAGUCUGAAGGGGUCAAGUGGGUUGGUUCGGCGUUGACGAUUAUUCAAGUCACGGUUUGGUUGGGUGUCGGCCUGGCUACUAUCUAUGGAGUUGCAACGCGUCGCAUGCUUUGGCCACAAGAUGUCAAGCGAUCUUGA